GCCUGACAACGGCUCCUCUGCCCGGCCCGAGGGCGUCCCUUCGUCGCCUCAGCGGCGGCACCGUUCUCUCGUGAAGCACUCCCCCCAGCUCCAUGAAUGGAAAUCGGCUCCGCAGGACCCAUUGGGGCCCAGCCCCUACUCAUAGUGCCCAGAAGACCUGGAUAUGGCACUAUGGGCAAACCCAUUAAACUGCUGGCUAACUGUUUUCAAGUUGAAAUCCCAAAGAUUGAUGUCUACCUCUAUGAGGUAGAUAUUAAACCAGACAAGUGUCCUAGGAGAGUGAACAGGGAAGUAGUUGACUCAAUGGUUCAGCAUUUCAAAGUGACUAUAUUUGGAGACCGUAAACCAGUCUAUGAUGGGAAAAGGAGCCUUUACACAGCCAAUCCACUUCCUGUGGCAACUACUGGGGUAGAUUUAGAUGUUACAUUACCUGGGGAAGGUGGCAAAGAUCGACCUUUCAAGGUGUCAGUCAAAUUUGUAUCCCGGGUGAGUUGGCACCUGCUACAUGAAGUGCUGACGGGACGGACUUUGCCUGAGCCACUGGAAUUAGACAAGCCAAUCAGCACUAACCCGGUCCAUGCCGUUGACGUGGUGCUACGACAUCUGCCCUCCAUGAAAUAUACACCUGUGGGGCGUUCCUUUUUCUCAGCUCCAGAAGGAUAUGACCACCCUCUGGGAGGGGGCAGGGAAGUAUGGUUUGGAUUCCAUCAAUCUGUUCGGCCUGCCAUGUGGAAAAUGAUGCUAAAUAUUGAUGUUUCUGCCACUGCCUUCUACAAAGCACAACCUGUAAUUCAGUUCAUGUGUGAAGUUCUUGACAUUCAUAACAUUGAUGAGCAACCCAGACCUCUGACUGAUUCUCAUCGGGUCAAAUUCACUAAGGAGAUAAAAGGUCUGAAGGUUGAAGUGACUCAUUGUGGAACAAUGAGACGGAAAUACCGUGUUUGUAAUGUAACAAGAAGGCCCGCCAGCCAUCAAACCUUUCCUUUGCAGUUAGAAAACGGCCAGACUGUGGAGAGAACUGUAGCACAGUAUUUCAGAGAAAAGUACUCUCUUCAGCUGAAGUACCCCCACCUUCCCUGUCUGCAAGUGGGGCAGGAGCAGAAGCAUACGUACCUGCCGCUGGAAGUCUGUAAUAUUGUGGCUGGGCAACGAUGUAUCAAGAAACUAACCGACAAUCAGACUUCUACUAUGAUUAAGGCAACAGCAAGAUCUGCACCAGAUAGACAAGAGGAAAUUAGCAGAUUGGUAAGAAGUGCAAAUUAUGAAACAGAUCCAUUCGUUCAGGAGUUCCAAUUUAAAGUCCGGGAUGAAAUGGCCCACGUAACCGGACGUGUACUUCCGGCACCUAUGCUGCAGUAUGGAGGACGGAACCGGACAGUGGCAACACCAAGCCACGGUGUGUGGGACAUGCGAGGAAAACAGUUCCAUACAGGAGUUGAAAUCAAAAUGUGGGCCAUAGCUUGUUUUGCCACACAGAGGCAGUGCAGAGAGGAGAUCCUGAAAGGUUUCACGGACCAGCUGCGGAAGAUUUCCAAGGAUGCGGGGAUGCCCAUCCAGGGUCAGCCUUGCUUCUGCAAAUACGCGCAGGGAGCAGACAGCGUGGAGCCCAUGUUCCGGCAUCUCAAGAACACCUACUCAGGACUGCAGCUCAUUAUCGUCAUCCUGCCCGGGAAGACGCCAGUGUAUGCGGAGGUGAAACGUGUAGGAGACACACUUUUGGGGAUGGCUACACAGUGUGUGCAAGUCAAGAAUGUGAUCAAAACGUCUCCUCAGACUCUCUCAAACUUGUGCCUAAAAAUCAAUGUUAAGCUUGGAGGAAUCAAUAAUAUUCUUGUACCUCAUCAAAGACCUUCUGUGUUCCAGCAACCAGUGAUCUUCCUGGGCGCAGAUGUCACUCACCCACCUGCUGGGGAUGGGAAGAAGCCCUCCAUCGCUGCUGUUGUAGGUAGCAUGGACGCCCAUCCAAGCAGAUACUGUGCCACAGUAAGAGUUCAGAGACCUCGGCAGGAGAUCAUCCAGGACUUGGCCUCCAUGGUCCGGGAACUGCUCAUCCAGUUUUAUAAGUCAACCCGAUUCAAACCUACUCGCAUUAUCUUUUAUCGGGAUGGUGUUUCAGAAGGGCAGUUUAGACAGGUAUUAUACUAUGAGUUACUAGCAAUUCGAGAAGCCUGUAUCAGUUUGGAGAAAGACUAUCAACCUGGAAUAACCUACAUUGUAGUUCAGAAGAGACAUCACACACGAUUGUUUUGUGCUGACAGAACAGAAAGGGUUGGGAGAAGUGGCAACAUCCCAGCUGGAACCACAGUUGACACCGACAUCACGCACCCAUAUGAAUUUGACUUCUAUCUCUGUAGCCAUGCUGGGAUACAGGGAACCAGCCGCCCUUCACACUAUCACGUCUUGUGGGAUGACAACUGCUUCACCGCGGAUGAGCUCCAGCUGCUGACGUACCAGCUCUGUCACACCUACGUGCGCUGCACAAGAUCCGUCUCUAUCCCUGCACCAGCGUACUAUGCUCACCUGGUGGCAUUCAGAGCCAGAUACCAUCUUGUGGACAAGGAGCAUGACAGUGCUGAAGGAAGCCACGUUUCAGGACAGAGCAAUGGGCGAGAUCCACAGGCUCUUGCCAAGGCUGUGCAGAUUCACCAAGAUACCUUACGCACAAUGUACUUCGCUUAACAAGUCCAAGUGUGUUCUCUGAGAGGACGAGCUGAAAGACGAGUCAACAUACAAUGUAUGUUUCAGUGGAGUCCGCUCACUGGGGAUGCUCCAGCCACACAGAGGCCAACACUAUAUAGGGGUCUGGUCCUUUUGCUGGUCCAAGGAAAACGGUUUACUCUGUCAAGGAACACAGCACCAUUAUGCACUAGGAAACCAGCCAGCUGCUUUUCGGCAGUCUCCUAUAGGAAGCAUAGCGGUUGUUUUAUUUCCAUUUCUUACAGUCUAACCCUUUUAAUGCCUUUACCUCAAGUUGCUUGGCAGCACAACUAUCUUUGCAAAAAAGUAAAGAAAAAGUGAAUGAUGGUUAAAGAACACACACCUACACAAGCAAUGAUUGUUCAGUUACAUGUGCAGAAAAAGUAAUGUGCAUUUAUCUAUUCUUGUAAAGGAGUCUGUAUUUUAAAUACACACAUAUGUAUACUUCAUGUGCAUAUAUAUCUAGAUCGAGACAAAGAUAUAUAUGUAUCUGUGUCUAUAUUUUAUAGUUCAUUCCACUGGGGAGCUUUCUUUCCCUCGUAUCCCUCCGUAUGCCACUGUCAUUUCUUUCACUACCUACUUGCCUUCAGCAUCUACACUUUUGUCCCUACCGCUACAAAUGACACUCGUGUUCAUAUUUAUGACCCAUUUGAAGUAAAGCAUGGCAAACUAGAUUUGUUUUCGUUUACAUACCCUACUCCUAACUCCUAUCUCUUACAUGAUCUGAAUCCUCGUCUCUUGAGGCCAUAUUUGCCAGUGUCUGCUUCUUCUUGUCCUGGACUUAACCUUUGCCAUGUGUGCACUGUGUCUAGAAGCGGGGCCACCCGAGUAUCCCUUUCUGCAGUGAGCGUGUUAAAGCUGCUAUCAAUACGAACCCUUGUCAGAAGUCUUUCUGAUCAGGGACAAAUGUUCUGAAGCCUCUGUUUGUGCGAGUUAUACCUGGAAAUCCCUCAAAGCUUUUAUAAAGGGGAAAUAUUUUAAAAAUCUGAAACUCUAUAGGACGGAAAGAGAAAAGGAAUUAGGGUUUUGUUUUAUGCUAGUUUACUCACUACCCUCAUACCUUAAUGUGAUUUUCAUAUAUACAUUUUAUAUAUGUGUAUGUGUAUAGAUAAACAUACGUGUAUGUUGAAGUAUAGCUCCUUUUGCUUUUAUACUCAAUAGAAUAAUAGUGCUUUAAUGAUCAUAAACUGCAUUGGCUACACCUUUUAUAGAAAUGUAACCAUGUUUAAUAAUAGACUAGUUUUUCUCUCUUUUAGUGCAAUAAUCAGUUUUAAAGGAAAGUUGUGUCUGUCGUCUUCACCACGGACAACAGGAACAGGCACCUCUGUCAUUUAAAAGGGGGCAAAGUAAUACAGCCUUAAUUUCAGAAGGAGAGCUUCAUAAUUUUCAGUUUUAAAGCACGUCCAGGAAGUAAAAUGACUAAAUGAGGCUCACCUGAGAGAUGGAAACACAGUUGCACUUCAGCUUGAAAGAACAGCAGUGAUGGCCAGGAAGCGGUGGUGCACGCCUUUAACCCCAGCACUCGGGAGACAGCCUGGUCUCCAGAGCAAAUGCCAAGACAGCCAUGACUAUACAGAGAAACCCUGUCUCCAAAAACAAACAAAAAAAGACAGUGAACACCUUAAGGUUUAAAGAUUUUUUAAUUAUUUAAAAUAGAUCUUGAUUGUUCAAGAAUUGUGCUUCUUUGACCAAAAGAAAUCAAGAAAAUACUGGGUGGGGUUUUUUCCUAUCUUUUCACCAGUGUAACUUUCUCUUUCAAACUAAGAUGACAAUGACAAAGGAAUUUAGGACUUUGACCAUUUAAAGUUAGUUAAGUUUCUGAACAUGGGGGAAAUCUUUAAAAGCUUAUUUUUCUCCACUUCUUAGUCAAUAACUUUCGUUGAUUACUUUUAGGCUGCCAACGCUGAGUUUCUCAGUGAUGUAGGGUUCAGGGAACUUUGUACUCUGUAAUUCAUGAAAAUUGCAUCUGAAUUUUCUCUGUUCUUAUUAACACACUGGUUCGGGGACAGACACUACAGCUUGCUGUGGGCGCUGUCAGCCUUUCAGGAACUCCAUCUGCGUGUGGAAAGUGGUGGACCUAGAUCUUCAUUUGCUUGCUGCCUCUAAUCCACUGCUAGUGCCCAUUUACUGCACUUUGAGAGCCUGAACUCUGAGCCCAUGUCCUCCCUGACAGAAAACUAAGAAAGUACUAUAUUUUUCCUUUCAUUGCUUUGAAGGAUCUAAGCUGCAAUUCUCAAUGCCAUUUCAAAGCACUUUACAAAGGAUAUUUGUGUAACUUGUAAAUUCUUUUCCCUUCCAAAACUUUCCCAUCUCCUCCCUGGCCAAAGGAAAAUUCCUUGAAACAUGUUUGGGGUUGGUUUGUUCGCUUGCUUGCUUUGGAGACAAAGUCUCCCUAUAUUGCCAUGCUGGCCUCCAGCACCUGGGCUCCAACAGUCUUCUGGCCUCAGCCUCCCUGGUAGCUGGACCAUAGGGUUCCUACCACCGUGUCUGGCUGUUUGGGAAGAUGGGCAAGAGAAGAGAAUAGUGCAGCCUCUGUCUGUGCAGUGUAAGUAAAACAUCUUCCUCUGUCUGCGGCUUCUGCAUAUAUUCAUGUGAGGGACUUAGGGAGCAACAUGGACACCCUGUCUUUUUCCUGACCUUGGAUCUCACGUGUACCAGAGUGAAGCCCUUACUUUAACUCUUAUUUGGAAGGAUUUUUUUUUAAAGGGGAAAGAUUUUUUUUCCUAAAAUAUAAGGUUUUAUCUUUGAAUGGUUUCUUUUUUAGAAUGCUCUUACAUUAUUCAGUCUUGCUAGUUUAAGAUAAUUAACUUAGAAGAAUAUGUAUAGUAUAUUUCUAUUUUCCAUCGACUAAGAAAUUGGUAUACCAAACUCAAUGCCAACAAACUUUGUGUUUAGAGUUUUAAGGUAAAAGGCUUAUGGAAAAUACUUCUUAAAAUUUAUAGUAAUUAUUUUUGCACUUCUGGAUAGAAUUCCUAAUCGUUUUCUCAAGUUCCUUUUUUAGUUUAAACCUCAUGAAACCAUAGUAACUUUUCGUUUCUGUCCCUCCUCUUGCUCACUAGCUCAUGAAUGUUGGCCUGCGGGUUUUUAUGGCAUAUCUCAUAAGGCUGAUCAAAACAAAUAUCAGUCUAAACAACCGAAUAAUUGGUUUCCAUGUGAGGAAGAGUUGGGAGCUUAAUAUAUGUUCUGGAUGGCAAAUGUGUCUCUGCAGUGUGCAUGUUACAUGAUUCUGUAUUGUAAUGUGUAAGCGCUGGUAUUGAGACGUGUGUUAAUGAUUCUGUAGCUGCUAUAUUUACUUAGGGAGAGGCGACAUUGCUGCACUAACCAAUAAGAUGUGCCAGAUGCCAGGCUCGCAUCCGACCCUUUGGAUUUGUUAGGGAACUUUAGGGACAUAAAUUAUGAAGGUGACAGCAGGUACUUGAAACAGCUCUAGCUCCAAUCUAGUA